AUGACGAAACGUCGGAUAACCGGGGCUCUGUAUUUUAAUCAAGGUGUAACAAGGGUGUGGUUCCAGAACCGACGAGCCAAAUGGCGUAAGAAGGAGCACACGAAGAAAGGACCUGGACGCCCGGCACACAACGCUCACCCUCAGACGUGCAGCGGGGAGCCUAUCCCGGAGGAGGAGCUUCUGCGUAAAGAGCGGGAACGCCGCGAGAAAAAGCUCACCAAGUCACUGGAGCGACAGCAGCGCAAACUGGCGGCGAAAGGAAUCGCUGUCGACAUCGCCACCUUGCGGCGAGACUGGGAAGCUAAGCGGGAAAUGACGUCAUCGUCAGGCGCUACCAGAGGCGUCGGUCACGUGUCCGCUGACAGCAGCGUUACCACCGGAAGCCCGGAAAGUCAGCGUCGUCAAACUAACAACGACGAUGAUGAUGAUGAUGAUACAGAUAUUGACGUGGAAGAUGAUUCGACAAUGGACAAAAAUAUUUACCACGAAUCAGAAACGCGAUAUCAAGACGAAGUUAAUAUCACAUCGGAUGAGGAAUCGAAUUAUAUCGCUAUAAAUUCCACGCCAUCAGCAAUAGACGCCAAUGACAAACAAAGGAUAGCAACUCUACCGGGAUGUGACGCAAUUACUUAUCGUGACGACUCCAAGCGGAUGGCACAGGAACUAACAUCUGAAGGAAGAAAAUCGCCAAAUGAAACGUCGAGACCUUCCACGACGAAAAGAUCAAACCCGUUCAGCAUAGAAAGUCUUCUUUCUCAUGCGGAAGGGUACACGGACUAA